GCACAACAUGGAUCUCCUCAAAGCCAUUCAAAACUACAUCAACAAGAUGAUCACCGAAUCAACUGGUAUCAAAGUUCUCUUACUAGAUCCAGAUACAACAGCUAUCAUCUCACUUGCUGCUACUCAAUCUAAUUUAUUAGAACAUGAAAUUUAUUUAACUGAUUCGAUUACCAAUCCAACUCGAGAUCGAAUGUCUCAUUUAAAAUGUAUUUGUUUCUUACGUCCUACGCCAGAAAGUCUUGCAGCAAUGGAAGAAGAAUUAAGGAAUCCUCGAUAUAAAGAAUAUUGGUUGUAUUUUAGCAAUAUUUUGAAGAAAUCGGAUAUCGAAAUGUUGGCGGAGGCAGAUGAACAUGAGGUAGUUAGGGAAAUUCAGGAAUUCUUCGCUGAUUACGCUCCAAUUACAACAUCUCAUUUUUCAUUAAACGUCCAACCUUUCGACUUGAACACAUCCUCAUCAUCAUCAAUCCCAACCGUCACCUCAUUAUCAGCUCUUGUUUCAUCUACAUCUAAGAAGACGAGUACGAGAUCGUUACCGAUUUAUGGUGAGACGACUUCUAUGUGGAAUUCGUCGACGAGAGCUUUAGAACGUCAUGUGGAAUGUCUUAGUGCACUCUUACUGAGUCUUAAGAAAAAACCUUUGAUUCGAUACCCACGUACGAGUCAGAUGGCUAAAAAGUUGGGACAAGAAUUGAUGUAUCAAAUCCAAACCGAAAAUCAACUGUUUGACUUCAGAUUAACGUACCCAUCACCAGUCCUGUUAAUCCUAGAUCGAAAGAACGAUCCAAUAACCCCUUUACUAACUCAAUGGACCUAUCAAGCCAUGGUGCACGAAGUUUUAGGUAUCAAGAACGGAAGAGUAGAUCUUUCAUCCACACCCGAGAUCCGACCGGAAUUAAAAGAAAUCGUUUUAAGUUCAGAACAAGAUCCAUUCUUUUCCAAAAACAUUUAUGCGAAUUUUGGAGAUUUAGGUGCAUCUGUUAAAUCAUAUGUUUCAGAAUAUCAAACCAAGACAGUUAGUUCUAAAUUAGUGGCUGGUAAGAUUGAUACGGUUCAAGAUAUGAAAAGGUUCUUAGAAGAGUAUCCUGAACAUCGAAAGUUGAGUGGGAAUGUCACUAAACAUGUGAGUUUGGUAGGUGAAUUGAGUAGAUUGGUGGGUGAACGAAAACUUUUGGAAGUUAGUGAACUUGAACAAAGUUUGGCGGCUAAUGAAAGUCAUGGUUCAGAUUUAAAAAAUGUUAGAGAAAUGAUUUCUUCACCAGAGAUUGAAGCAGAGGCGAAGAUCCGUUUAGCAGUGCUUUAUGCCUUACGGUAUCAAAAGUUUAGUGGGAAUGCGAUUGUAGGAAUCGUAGAUUUAUUACAACAAAACGGAAUACCUGAAAAAGAUGCUAGAUUAGUUUAUGUGAUCUUACAUUUUGCAGGAUCGGAUGAAAGACAAGACGAUUUGUUUGCGAAUUCGAAUUUCUUUAGUAGAGGGAAAUCAGCACUAAAAGGACUCAAAGGAGUCGAAAAUGUUUAUACACAACAUACACCACCAUUAGUAGAAACGAUUGAACAAUUACUUAAAGGACGCUUGAAAGAGAAUGGAUAUCCUUUCUUGGAAGGACAACAAUCUUCAAUUCAAACCGCGGGGAACGGAUCGGUUCAAUUGAUGAGACCUACUGAAGUGAUUGUCUUUGUGAUUGGUGGAACGACUUAUGAAGAAGCUAGAAGUAUUGCACUUUUGAAUGAAAGGUUGACGAGUGGUCAAGGUUUCACUGGACCUGGUCUACAACCUCAAUUAGGAGCUAGAGUCAUCUUGGGUGGAACGUUUGUUCAUAAUUCAAAAUCAUUUUUAAAUCUUUUAAGAGAUUUAUCAAAUCGAUAUCCUAACUUUAAUGAACCUAAUCAUCAAUUAAUCAAUUUAAAUUCAAAUCAUCCAAUCACAGGAAAUUCAAGUUUAUUAUCAGGAGUAGGAGCAGGAGUAGGAAAUCCAUCGAAUUCAUUACCGAUCAGUACUAAUGCAUUAGAAGAGAUUGGUGAUGCAGCGGUGGAUGGAGUGAUGAAUUUGAUUGGUAGGGUUAGGAAAGGUGUAGUGGGUGGGAUUUGAUGAAUUGAUUGGUUUUUUAAAGUUGUACAUCCGAUUGAAUUCUUCCUUUUAAUGUUUGUAUGAAGUUUGUAUGAAGUUUUGAGGUUUUGAUUGGGUUUUU